AUGGCAGCACCUAUAUACGCACCGUACCAUGCGCACAUAUACGCGACAAGCAGUACAAACCAGGACGGGCGUCAGUUAACUGCAGGCUCGCGACUCCUUGAAGAUCCUGUAGGGAUCGGCCUAUCGGAAGGUCUCUGCCUGCAGAAGCCAGUCUACACAAAAAGGCGGUGGCAAACAUCAAUGACUCGAGUGAGAUUCGACCCCACGAUCCCAGUGUUUGAGCGGCCAGGACCCACACCUCAGACAGCGCAGAGACUACGAUCAGUUGAAUGGACAGUAACCUUCCACACUGAAGAAAAAGGUACAUUCCAUGGGGUUUAGUGCCAUACUGCAGAUUAAGACAUAUGGACCACGAAUUAAAACAGCCUUGAUGACAACAGAAGUCAAAAGGUUAGGUCAGCUAUUACACGUGUGUAGCCUGGCAGGCGCCACAUAAAUAAGGAGGAUUAAAAUAACCAAGGACCACUCCUUUCCAUACCCUUCCCUGCUCAUGUAUAUAGUUCGCAAUAUAUUUCGACUCUUCCUGUC